CAAGCAUGGAUGUCCACAUGCACAACGGCCAGACGCUUCACUACGGCCUGAACGACGGUCCUGUGAGUAUUAACCAGGAAGCGUAUCGUUUUUACAUGAAGCUGAUUAUGAUGACGACAGCCGAGCCAAACCCUACCUCAUUUAUGAUCAAGACAUUAUACAUGAAGGAAAUAACCCACUGAUUCAUGCCAGAAUCACACAAGCAGAGAAACCAGUUCCUUUGUCUUUAAAGCAUGGCACGCUCAUUGUGUUUCAGCGGACAGGUGUGGUGUGUGUUCGAGAGCCUUUACUCACUUACGCUGAAGCUUCAGAGGAACGCGAGUCUGUAGUAAAGACAAGAAUGCAGUCUAACAGCAUGCGAAACAUUAACACAUCACACGAUCAUCUACACAAAACCAGCAGGUUCUGAACGACACUCGGAUGGUUUUAAGAUGAGCAUCACUAUCAUCACCGCUCACACUUAGGAUUAGGGAUUUCAACAAACCCCGAAGCAUGUGCGUUUGACACGAACGAUUCCUGUUGCUUUAAACGAGCAGACACAUGAUUACAAUUAAGUCGGUUUUAUUGGUGAAGGUGGACAUAUAAAUAAAACAGGUGGAAGCAUCCCACAGAUGCACACGGAACGAGAACCUCAGCCAUAUUUAGAGACCAGACGAUCACAAAAACCUGAUUCAUGCAAGACGGAUGAUGAUCUGCAGUUCCUCAGUCUGGAGGAGCGGGAGUGUAUUUUGUUCUUUGAGGAGACCAUCGGCUCCCUGGAGGAGGACGAUGAGAGGACAGGAAUAUCCGCAGGCGACCACAGGCUUGCGGUGGAGCGUCCGCUCUCAUACACUACAGCUCAACAUCCCAGCCCGGUAGAUCAUGAUAUAAUUGACCUGGUGCACCCUACACCCGAUGCCAGCAAACAGAAAGACACUCUGCCCGUCAUGCCAGAUUUCCAACAGCUGAUUAUACCCCCGGAGACCCAUUUUGAAGUGAAGCCGAAACGUGACCUGGACGUCUCAGACGGGCCGCAAUUUGGACACCAGCCGCCUGCAGGUUCAGUUCCCACCCCGGUAGUAAUCGCCAGCAAAAUCGGCGAGCACCAGGGCGCAGGCGGCACGUCUGCAUCGCAGCUGCUCCAGCGCAGUCUAGAGUCGCCACCGAACCCCUCGACCAAACACGGCCCUCCGACCCACGCCAAGCCCACGCGUCUUCCCGACAGCAUCAGCAUGUUACUGGGCAGCCGCGAACACAUUCCCCACUCGAUCGCCGCCGAAGCCGUCAGCGUUCAGGAGCGCCGGGCGCAGAUGCUCUCAAGCCUCUCCGGCCCGGCGCACCCUUUGGAUGGCGGAGAACCAGCCUGCGUGCGCAACCUCCCCAUACGGAGCAUUUCGUUUCGAGAUCCGACGCCAGACAAGUCUAGGAUGGAGGCGCUUUCGAAGCUCGGACUUGCUCAGAGGCGAACGCAAUCCGUCAUGCAUUCAUCGAAUUUCAGCACUACGCUCAACAUUACCAAUCCAGCUAACUCUAGCGCCGACGCAGACACUACAGACCACUGCCAAACCAAAUCUAGCCCCGCACCAACUUUGACGAGUGCCGAAGUCACACACAGUGAUUUCAACAGCUAUGGCGGUAAGAGCAUCAUGCUAAACCCCACAUUGUCCUUCAGGGCCGAGUACCGCUCAUCUUCAGUGCCCAAAACAGAGUCUUCAGAUGUCCGUCUCAACAACUUCGGCGGCAGAUCGCGAGUCGUGACUCCAUCCCAUCCAAAGCACAGCACCCAAACCAAGACCAUCACCCCAGUAAAAGAGGACAACUCCAGCUCAAACAGGACUUUAAAUGAAGGCUUACCCAAGAGGAAAGCGUCACACUCUGAAGCGCCUGUGAAGCAGCCGCCAGCUCCGGCUCCAAAACCACGCUCCUCUCCGCUGUCCCCAGAGUUACGCCGCAAAUCUUUGCCAAAGCCGUCCUUCCGCACUCAGGGAAUAACGGUGCAGUUUUCUGGGAGAGGAGCCACAGAUGAGGCCAGACGUGAUGCACUACGCAAGCUAGGUCUGCUGAGAAACACGCCUUAAAUGUUCAUACGAUACUAAUAAUAUGUAGACUCCAGUACAUAAACAACUGAUAAGCUAUGAUUUAACCAAUGAUCAUCUGUUGGACAGCAGCAAGACUUUUUGAUUGAGUUUCAAAUUCAAGUUUGGAGAAAAAGCCACAGGUAACACUCACACACACCUGCUUAGAAGUUACAGAUCUCUGAAAACAUUUGCAUCAGUUUUAAAUGUAGUUUGUGAAGUUGUUGAGCAUGCUGUGGAUGCACACGGCCUGCUUCAGCCAUGUUUGCAUCAUGGUCACAUGGUUCCAGAACUGAGCCAAUCACUCGAGUCUUAAUUGUCAUGUGACUGAUGACUCUCCCCGACGUUUCAAUUGACGAACCAAUUAACUAAUUAACUUAAUUGCAUUUUUUUUUCUUAAAUUUUUUGUACUUUUACUGUUU